CCUGUGUCUUUUAAACACGUUAUCCGUACAUGUCGCGCGCUCGUGACCCUGAUGGUGACAAUCAUUGAUCCUGAAAAUCUGCCACAUCCUGGUUCCAUAUUGUUCCUGCCGUCUUUGCUUGCCCAUAUACGCGCUGCUGCUCCUGGUCUGCCAAUCGAACCCGUCAUUAUCCAAGUUUUACUUCUUUGUAUCGUUUCAGGGAAUAGAAAUCUUAUCUUGCGGACCCGCGAAGAGGACAUUGGUCUUGUGUCCAGACUUACGACUAUCUCGCUCACAUCUGUCUUCGGUCGCAUCACCCACAAACUUAGAUGUCAUGCUGAUGCUAAGUCUCAGACACCCGCUACAUUUCUGAGAUCUCUCUUUAUCCCACCCCCAGCUAUCAUCGCCACCGAUGGCUCGCUAUCACCCCCACACAGGCACCAUCGUUCAUCAAUGACAGUGCACAGCAGGAAGUCCUCUUUUCCGAUGUCUAUGUCCUUUUCAAGCGACGUUGCGCGGUCCAUUCAGCAUACCUCGCAACUAGCCUCUGAUGAUCUGACUGCCAGUGCUGAUGGCGGACCGUUCACAGAAACCCGCUCGAUGUCAACGCGCCUGAGCCUACAAACUGAACCCUCCGUACCCAAUAUUGGUUCUAGUGGCAAUGUGGCAAUCCAUCACCGUCGUACAUCCCAUGUCAACUCAGAUGUGGUUAAGAUACCAUCUGCAAUUGUUGUCUCUGGAUUAGAACAUACUAGUUUACCUGCGCAGCGGGCUGUCCUACGGACUCUUGUAGAGAGGAAGCUCAUCGUAUCGGAUAACCACUCAGACAUCGAGCCAGAAUUGCAGUUUGAUCUGCCAGACGACUUUAUCAUGGUCUAUGUAUGUCGCUUAGAUCCACAUGAGAGACCGCCUAUAUACAACAGCCUGCUCGAUUGGUUUGCUAUGAGUACGCCUAUCAACGUUCAGCUAUCCACACGAGCUGCGAUGCAUAAUUAUCAACCUCACCGCACCUCAACACCAUCCACAGCCCUAUCCUCGCCCUCGAUACCAGGGUAUCCAUUCCCCAACGUAAUUAUGUCAGGCCCGCCAACCCCUCCUCCACCAAAUAGCUCUACGCCCAUAAUACCUGCUACGUUCUUGGCAAGGCUAAAAAGCCUAUGCGCUACCGAAGUUCGCAUGCGCCCACCGCUCGAAAUAUACCUCGCAGAUUUAUUUACUGCCACGCGGCAUUUUGGUGCGUUAGACGCUAUGAUGCUCACUGCGCGUGCACGCCAAGACGCGGAGGUCCUUGCGCGGGCCGCACGGGUGCUCGGUGUCGAUCAAACAGGGGCAGAGCUGAUUAAGGAAGUGUCGAUCGGUGAUCCAGAGCGCACUGACGAGAACAGCACCGAAUGCGGGUAUCCUCGUUCCAGCACGAAUACCCAGAGUUUUGAAGCGCUUAUCGAUGGCUCCCCACUGCCAUACGAUGUACCUGAUGUGACUAGCGUGCAUACUCGCCGCAGUAUGCGGAGUGCGCCCAUCGAAGAUGAGGAACUGCUAGAAUUGGAUGUGUCCGAAGCGGAUGUGGCGAGGAUCUUUCCGAGGGUGGUAUCGCAUCGUGUUAGGGUAAGGGACUCACCUGUAGAUGAAAUUCUGAGCAGCGCAGUUUGCGGGGCUGUAAGUCGACUGGGGGUCAUACCAAAAGGGAUGAAUUCAGACUGGGAAGAGGGACCUAUUGAUGUGCAUGAUCCAGAUACUGUCUGGGAGCGGGAAACAGUCAAAGAUAUAUUGGUACAGGUACUUGCAAAAGUAUGA